AGCUUUUCAUAAACCACAGCAGCAGGUUUAUGAUUGUAGAAUCAGCAGGAAUUAAAGGAGCGGUUUAAUAUGGCGGAAAAAGGACCGGAAAGUCCCGGAGAUGUGACUCUGGAUAACGCUGUUAAACAGUGGUUAGAGUUUGACAAGAACAGCAAGACGGCGGAGUGCGUGCGAGAGAUGGUGAAGGCAGGAAACAUAGCUGAGCUACAGAAGUGUUUCAGCGCCAGGAUGGAGUUCGGGACGGCGGGGCUGAGAGCCGCCAUGGGGCCCGGCGUGUCCCGCAUGAACGAUCUCACCAUCAUACAGACUACCCAGGGGUUCUGUCGCUACCUGGAGCAGUGUUUCGAGGAUCUGAAGACGCGCGGUGUGGUGAUCGGGUUCGACGCUCGUGAGCACACGGCCAGCGGCGCCAGCAGCAAGCGCUUUGCCUCCCUGGCUGCGGCCGUGUUCAUCAGCCGAGGAGUUCCUGUGCACCUCUUCUCUGUCUUCACGCCCACGCCGUAUGUGCCUUUCACUGUAUCUCAUCUGAAUCUCUGUGCUGGUAUCAUGGUGACGGCGUCUCACAACCCCAAACAGGACAACGGUUACAAGGUGUACUGGGAGAACGGCGCUCAGAUCAUCUCCCCACAUGAUAAAGGUAUCUCUUCAGCUAUAGAGGAGAACCUGGAGCCAUGGGCUGAGUCGUGGGACACAGAAGCUGCUUUACAGAGCGCGCUGCUCAAAGACCCGUAUCAGGAUAUACACCGAGAAUACAUGCAGUCUAUUCAACAACACUGUUGCUACAGAGAACUGAACAAGAGUUCGGAGGUGAAGAUCGUACACACCUCAGUGCAUGGCGUGGGUCACGUCUUCGUCCAGGACGCUUUUAAAGCUUUUGACCUUCGACCUCCAUACGCCGUGGAGGAGCAGAAAGAUCCUGACCCGGACUUCCCAACAGUGGUGUACCCCAACCCUGAGGAAGGAGCGGGAGUGCUGAACCUGUCUUUUGCUCUAGCGGACCGAGAGGGAGCGACCGUGGUUCUGGCCAACGACCCAGACGCAGACCGACUGGCAAUAGCUGAGAAACAGCCGAGCGGUGAGUGGAAGGUCUUCUCGGGGAACGAGCUCGGCGCGCUGCUCGGCUGGUGGAUGUUUCAGUGCUGGAAGCAGAAACAGGGGGAGCAGUACAAGUCCUUGGUGAAGGAUGUGUACAUGCUGGCCAGCACCGUCUCCUCAAAGAUCCUGAGGGCCAUCGCUCUUAAAGAGGGCUUUCACUUCGAGGAGACUCUGACCGGCUUUAAGUGGAUGGGGAAUAGAGCGUGUCAGCUGCUGGAGCAGGGAAAGACCGUCCUGUUUGCCUUUGAGGAGGCCAUCGGAUACAUGUGCAGCCCUGCCGUGUUGGAUAAGGAUGGAGUGAGUGCAGCAGCCAUCGCCGGAGAGAUGAUAUCAUACCUGACCUCCAAAAACAUCUCCCUGUCACAGCAGCUUGAAGCCAUUUACAACGAGUAUGGCUACCACAUCACCUCGAACUCCUACUUCAUCUGCCACAACCAGGACACCAUCAGACAGCUGUUUGAACGUCUGAGGAACUACGACGGCGAGAACACUUAUCCUAAAGACUGCCAGGGUUUCGCCAUCACCGCCGUCCGUGACCUCACGACGGGUCACGACAGCAGCCAGCCGGAUAACAAAGCCAUCCUUCCUACCAGUAAGAGCAGUCAGAUGAUCACCUUCACCUUCGCUAACGGAGGCGUGGCCACCAUGCGCACCAGUGGCACCGAGCCCAAGAUCAAGUACUACACGGAGCUGUGUGCUGCUCCGGGGAACAGUGAUGUGACUCAGCUGAACAGCGAGCUGAACAGCCUAGUGGAUGCCAUCAUCCAGAAUUUCUUCCAGCCAGAGAAGAACAACCUGAUCGCUCGACAAGAGUCGAGUUAAUAUGCAGAGCUAGUGUAAAGGUUUCUGAAGUUCUCUCGCUCUAUAUCUCUCACGCACGCAUACACACACACACACGCGUUCGCAUCACAGACCGCAGCUCUAAAGACGUCACCGGGUUCAGAGGACCUGAAACUGUGAUCCUAAUGAAUGCAAUCUCAGACCAGCACUUUCUAUCCUGAGAGGUCUUGAACACUACUGACUAUCUGAGACUUAACAUCAACAUCAUCACCCGUUAUGACCCCCAGACACCAGUUCUCUCCAGAGCUUCAUUUUAGUUUAGUUUAUCACCAGAAAUCUAACCUCAAAGCAUUUACAAAAUCUAAACUGAAGGAAAAAAAUAGUUUUAAUUAAAGCAACAUUAGCAUCGAAACACCAGGAAAGAAUAAAAAACUGUUCAAGGAAACAAGAACCUGGGACCAAUAAGACAUUUUUCAUCCAAGCAUAGCUUUAAUCUUUAUGUCUUUAAUCUUUAUUUCAUUCCAUAAUGCAGCACUGUUGAGUUAAAGCUUAAUCAGGUUUUUAAGGUCUUUUUUUAACAAAGAAUUUGCUCUGGUCGCAUGAGACAUUUAUUUUAUGUAUGUAUAUUUAUAGACUGAUGAAAUGACUGUGAAGGAGGAAGUUGUACGCUGAGCUUCCACAAAGAAAUGUAACUCUAAACAGAUAAAACUUACUUAAUAUUUAAAAAAAAAAUCAAAACAAAUGUAAUUGUUGGUAAUUUGCUGUAAUGUAGGAGGGUUCUUUACUGUAACACUGAAAGUCUUUUGAGCAUCUAACAUUCCUGUUCACACAUCAGUCUGGCGCUGUGUUAG